AUGCCGCCGAAUACCAAAACCAAAGCCAGAGCCAAAUGCGGCCGCCCCACGCACUUUUUGUGUUUUCCCCUGGCCACCGACGACUCGGUUCCGCAGCUGGCAGACUCGCUGGCUUAUUUCAGAUCCGUCACCACACCUUUGGAGCAUGCCAGCCUGGGAACACGGGGCCAGGAAGGCACGUCGACGUCGACGUCGGCCCCGGACCUGCACGGUUCUCAUCCCUCAAGCACAACCACAAGCACAUCACCAAUAACAUACCAAGGAAUACGCGACGAAACUCUCCGGCUACUUCCUUCUGCCGCACAUCGACCACCGGGCACCUUUCAUCUAACGCUCGGGACGAUGGAUCUGUCGGAAAGGGAAGACAUGGAUCUCGCCAUCCGGCUGCUCGAGCAGAUUGAUUACGUCGACUUACUUCGUGCAGCCGAGGCGGGAGAAUUGAAGGGAGCUAUUGGAGCGCAGAGCAUAGGCGGACCCGAGCACGGCCAUGGCGAGGUCGAGGCUGACUCUAGAAUUAGCCAAGGCGAAAGCAAGCCCAUGACUGUGGAGGGACCUUUGACUUCUCCGCCACAGUCGCUGACUCGAAAGAUCACUCCUCCUCCUCCCACUCGAGCAGAUGCUCGUCCCAAAGGGCCACCUGCGUCCGACCUAUCUGGCCUGCAUUCCCGAGUACCGCCACCGUCGUCCCCCACUCGUCACUCUCCUACCCCUCUGCGCAUAACGCUGUCUGGUCUGGGCACAUUCCCACAACCAAGCAGUAGCCGGGUCUUCUACGCCCACCCUCACGACGCUACAUCUCGUCUCUUGGCGUUUGGGGACGCAAUCCGCCGCAUCUUCCAGGAAGCAGGGCUGAUCACUGAGACGAGGGCGUUGGUGUUGCAUGCGACGGUCGCGAAUAUGAUCUACGUCAAAGACCGGCCAAGGAGUUUCGAGGGGCAGGGACGAGGGAGAGGGAGGCAAGCCGGAACGGUCGAUGCUCGGGAUAUCCUGAGGUAUUUCAAUGAAGGUCCGGCAGUCAGAUCGCAACACAGCCGACAAACCGCUCAAGCCCCUGUCUCGUCCUCGUCCAACUCAGGCUCGAAGUCAAACUCGAUCUCGACGGCAGAACCAUCUGACUCCGCCGCAACAACUGACAUCUCAUCAAAGCCAGGAUCUCACCGCUUAUCGGCUUCCCACCAAACCAUAUCCUCAAUUGGCUCAAAAUCCACGCCCGAGACGGACAAACAGUUCAUCUGGGCCCGAGACAUCGAGAUUGACCGGAUUCGAAUUUGCAAGAUGGGCGCCGACCGCUGCGACAUCGAGGGCUGGGAAAUGGAGUACAAGCACAUCGCUGAAAACGUCUUCUUUUCUUGA